AUGUCUCUGCCCGCUUCCAGGAUCCGCGUGUCGUGCGCCUCGAAGGCGGCCACGCCUGCGCAGCUCGUGCGCGCACGCUCCACCGUCGCUGGCUCCAGUGCCUCCAUGCUCGACGCCAAGUCGCGGGUGCAAGCCCAUGCACGGAACAUAAGCAGGUCAAGCCCCCGCGAGGCCACUGCUACCGGCUCCGUCCGUCCGCAGCCUGCGCCAGGCUUCCAGCAGCUGCCCACAAAAAACAACACUCCUUACCCCCCACCGUCCCUUCCCUCACCCUCCGAAAGUUACCUCGACCAUUCCUUCGUUGGUAUGUCCGGUGGCCAGAUCUUCCACGAGAUGAUGGUCCGUCACGGCAUCAAGCACAUCUUCGGAUACCCCGGCGGAGCCAUCCUCCCCGUCUUCGACGCCAUCUACAACUCGCCCCAGUUCGACUUCGUGCUCCCAAGACACGAGCAGGGCGCAGGACACAUGGCGGAGGGCUACGCACGCGUGACCGGCAAGCCGGGCGUCGUUCUCGUCACCUCCGGACCCGGCGCGACCAACGUCGUGACCCCGAUGCAAGACGCGCUCAGUGAUGGCAUUCCUCUCGUCGUGUUCUGUGGUCAGGUGGCGACCUCAGCCAUCGGCUCCGACGCGUUCCAAGAGGCGGACAUGGUCGGCAUCUCAAGACCAUGCACGAAGUGGAAUGUCUUGGUGAAGGACCUUGCCGAGCUCCCUCGCCGCAUCAACGAGGCGUUCAAGAUCGCGACCUCUGGACGACCGGGUCCUGUCCUCGUCGAUCUGCCCAAGGACAUCACUGCCGCCGUCCUGAAGACCCCUCUUCCUUACAAAAGUACCACUCCGGGCAGGCCGCUCGGGCUUCCUCAAAACCCGCUGCAGCCAGCUAAUCAAGCCAUCGACCAUGCCCUCAUCCAUGCCUCCGCGAACCUCGUUAACCAGGCGAAGCGGCCGAUCAUCUACGCCGGCAACGGCGUUCUCUCCUCCCCCCUCGGUCCGAAGCUGCUUAAGCAGAUUGCGGACCAAGGCAACAUUCCGGUUACGACGACGCUGCAGGGCCUUGGCGCGUUUGACGAGAUGGACGAAAAGAGUCUGCAUAUGCUCGGGAUGCACGGCUCCGCGUACGCAAACAUUGCAAUGCAGGAGGCGGACGUGAUCAUCGCGCUCGGCGCGCGGUUCGACGAUCGGGUAACGGGCAAGGUGGACAUGUUCGCCCCGGCGGCGCGCGCGGCCGCCCUUCAGGGCCGCGGCGGGAUCAUCCACUUCGAAAUCCAGCCGAAGAACAUCAACAAGGUCGUGAACGCGUCAAUCCCCGUGCUCGGCGACGUCGUCGCGAACAUGGCCGCGCUCGCGCCGCUGAUCAAGGGCUCGGAGCGCAAGGCGUGGUUUGACGACAUCCGUGGUUGGAAGGCCAAUUAUCCGUUCACGUACGAGAAGAGCAAGCCAGGCGCGCCGAUGAAGCCGCAGGAGGUGAUCGAGGAGCUCGACGCGCAGACGGCGCACCGCAAGGAGGACAUCAUCAUCGCCACGGGCGUCGGCCAGCAUCAGAUGUGGGCCGCGCAGCACUUCCGGUGGAGGCAUCCGCGCACCUGCGUUUCGUCCGGCGGUCUUGGCACCAUGGGUUUCGGUGUUCCUGCGGCCAUCGGUGCGAAGGUCGGUGCGCCCGACAAGACGGUCAUCGACAUCGACGGCGACGCUUCGUUCAGCAUGACCGCGAUGGAGCUCCAGACGGCGUCGACGCACGGAAUCGGUGUGAAGUUCCUUGUGGUGAACAACGAGUUCCAGGGCAUGGUGCUCCAGUGGCAAGAUCUAUUCUAUGACGCGCGGUAUGCUCACACGCGUAUGAAGAACCCCGACUUCAUCGCGCUCGCCAAGGCAAUGGGCGUCCACGGCAUCCGCUGUGAGCUUGCUGAGGAUCUCCCGGCGAAGAUGAAGGAGUUCCUGGAGUAUGAUAACUCGAAGCCCGUUCUGAUGGAAUGCGUGGUUGAGCGGAAUGAGCAUGUGUUCCCUAUGGUUCCCGCUGGCAAGGCCCUGCACGAGCAGAUCCUCCACUCCACGUUGCGUGAAGCGUAUGCUGCCUCUAAAAAGCAAUGA